UUGUUUUUAGAUACACCGUUGCAUAGCCUACCCGAGCCAGAAACUGUGAAAAUACAUCUCACUUAAAAUCAGCAAAUGGCUUCGCAUGAAGACGGGGUUUUUAAUCAACUCGAAGACCGGGUUCGCCUACUGACCGACGAAAAUGUACAGCUACGGGACAAGAACGAACGCCUCUUCAAUAGACUGGGCAGCCUGCAGAGCAAACUGGGGCAGCUGGCGGGGUCAAAGACGGACCUCUCCUCCAAACUGGUGAUCAGUGAGGAGGAGAAGCUGAGGAUCACCAAGGAUCUGAUUGAUGUGCAGAUACAGACCAAUAAGAUGAGAGAGCAGUAUGAAGCAGAAAACUUCGAGCUGAAAACUAAGAUUCUAUCUCAGGAGAAUCAGCUCAUGGAACUGGAGAUAGAGCGGGACAGGCUGAAGAGAGACCUCCAGUACACUAGGGGGCGUCUACAGGGGGUUGAUAAAAGUCACAAAGACCUGGCAGAUGAGUACAUCACCCUGAAGAGCAACUACCUGGCCCUGAGUGAGGUGCAUGAGAAGGAGGUCGCCCGCAAUGAGGAACUGAGCGCAGAGUUGCUUGGGCUAGCAAAGUCACAGGAUGCCCUCCUCAGGCAGCAGGAGAACCAGGCACGUUCUCGGGCCCUGUAUGGGGAGGCUGCCCACGAACUGGAGAGGGUACGGGCCCUGGUCAGCAGAAUGUCCCAGCGCAGGGUGAGGCCAGAGGAUCUUGCAGCAUCCGAAAAGGAGCGGAAAGCCCUAGAGAGAAGUCUUAUUGGCAAUCAGGAUCAGAUCAAAGAAGAGCUGGAGAGACUGAAAAAGAGUUAUGAGGAGCAGCAGCGCAGACUGGAGGAGAAAGUGGUGGCAAUGGGGAAGGAGCAACAGGAGAACAAGAGAGCCAUCCGCAGCACCCAGCACAAACUGGCAGAGCAGUCUGCAGCUCUCCUCAGCUCACAGAGUCAGCUGAAAGAGGUGGAAGCAGAGAACUCUAGACUGCAGAUGCAGGUAAAGGAGCUGAAUGAGGAGUACCGUGCCCGGCUGGUGCGCUACCUGCAGGACCUGGCGGAGUAUGUGGAUGGGCUGAGGGAUGGACAGGAUAAUACCCAGAGGCCUCCAGAGCGUGCCCAUAUGAAGAACUUUGUGGACAGCAUGCUGCAGGAUGUAAGGGCCUCCUACAAGUCUCGAGAGGAGCAGCUGGCCAGCGCUGCCCGUGCAUACAAAAAGAGGCUGCAGAAGCUUAUCAAAACCCACGAGGCCCUGCUCAUCGCGUACCGAAUGCAGCGGGAGCAGAUCCUGGCCCUAGGUGAGCGUGGUCUGGAUCCCGGGCCCCCUGAGUCUCACUUCGGCCUGGCGGACAGCGAGCUGCAGGGGGAGCAGAGCCGGGAGCUGCAGAGGCUGCGGGAGGACAAGGCCAGACUGGAGAGCCAGCUGAGGGAUGCACUGGACCAGAAGAAUGUCCCUGCUAACCCUGCUCAGAGUGUCGGCUUCCAGGAGGCAAGGAAUUCAGGCAAGCUCACAGAAGACGCCUGGGCUGAUAUUAGGAAGCAGCUGAGGGAAUUUACACAUUCUACUCAGGAAGAGCAGGAAAGGGAGCGUGCACAGCUCAUCUCUCGGGCAACGGUUGCUGAGGAACAGGUGUCAGAGCUGCAGGAGUAUGUGGAUAAGCACCUAGCCAGGUAUAAACAAGAAGUCACUCGGCUGCGCAGACUGUUGGGCACGGAGGCAGGCCGUGCCCUCAGCGCCUGCGCCCCUGAGCCCCGCGCCCCGCACCGCUCAAAGAGGAACCCCAGCUACGAGAUUUGAGAGGACGGGGAGUCCCUCGCGUGACUGGGUCUUGACAUUGACACUGAGAGACAGGCGCAGUAGCACUGUAGCACGGACGGACCCAUAAUUCUCACACUGCUCACCAGUACACCCAUCCUCUCUAGAUACAUAACAGACAGAGGUAGCUCUACAGUCAU